AUCAAAACAAUCAGUCGCUGUCUCCAUCACAACUGCCCGAACCAAGUCUCCUGUCCCCCUCGCAACGACACAGUAUGAUCCUAUCGGGCCCUCGAUCGUAAUCCGUCACCCGCAAACAACUCAAUGUGGUAACCUCCUGCAUCCCUCUGCAACUAAUCCACUACAGGUAAGUCAACGGCAAUUUUCCUAUUUCAGUUUUGAUCUUCAAUCAGCGUUCCUUUUCCCACUGGCACAAUUCAAUGGCGUCCCCAGCCCCUCCCUCCACCCCCAAAGCUGCGUCCGCGGCCGCAGCGACGCCCGAUGAUUCCCAAACACCAGGGAAGUGGCGUCAUCCGCAUCUGAAUGAGGUGGUCCGUCGACAGAAUGCUGGCACAUUCGGGGAUCGCAAUGUCAAACGGCUGGUGUGGAACGCCAUCGCUUUGCUUGCAACCUGGACCUUUGGAAAUAGCUUCAAGUCAUACUCUCUUCUACUCCAGAAUAUCAUCCAGCUCCCCACGUACCCUGAUCUGUCGUUGCUUGUUCUCCGACUCAUCUUUGCGCUGAACAUGCUGGUUGCGUUGUAUCCCCUCUUCCGACCGAAGGACAACUUCUCCGACAUUCCUUUGACCCCUACACAGCGUGCGCUGCUCGGACUGGAUCCCGCUACACAGUCAUUGACUCCGGGCUCGACGUACGUUACCCCGCCCAGGUACCGGGUCUCUGCGUCUCGGAACGCGAGCCCCGCUAGCAGAUCUGGCUCUCCAUUGUCCGCGAGUGCCAGCGCGUCCGGGCGCAGGCUGUCCUCCGGGGCCUCCUUUUCGCCUUCUCCGAGUCCGUUGAUGCAGAAGUUCGUUGCGACCGGGGGCAAAGAAAGCGGGCGGAGACCGAGCUUUGGUUCGUCCACGCUGGGUCGGAGUUCAUCCUUUUCGCCUUUUAAAGAAUCUACGUCCACGUUUCGUGAUUCUACAUCCACAUUCAGAGACUCCACCUCCUCAUUCAGAGAAUCGGCCUUCAAAGAGUCCACCAUGUCUACCAUCUCCACCUUGUCGACCAUGUCCAGCCUCGCGCCUCCGACUCCUUCGCCGGUCGGUGGCAAGCGGGUGAACCUGGGCUUGAGCAACAAGUGGUUGUACGAGAGAAGCCGGCGUCUGUCCGCCAGCAAUGGUAGUCUUUAGUGGAGGAGUGGCGGGCGGGUCCAGGAGCAUAGGGACGAUUCAUGUAAACUCGUGUUUUCUAGCGGGGUGCUUCGGAAAUACCUUUAGGCCGUAUAUGUAUUAGAUAUCGCAUGAAGUACUUUUGUCAUUAG